UUGUUUCAUUUGGGACUGUCGCGAGAAGACGAAUAGUUGUCGAUCGUGCGUAGUCGUUUUUGUUUUGUUUGUUUGCUCUUUUGGCACGCGGACAUGUUCGACUGUAUGGACGUGCUAGCGGUGAGUCCAGGGCAGAUGUUGGACUUCUACACCGCGUCUCCGUCCUCGUGUAUGCUCCAGGAAAAGGCGCUGAAGGCUUGUAUCAGCGGACUGGCGCACCGCGAGUGGCACCACCGGAGGAGCGCUAACUCCAUUGAGACCCAGAGCAGCAGUUCAGAGGAGUUGGUCCCCAGCCCCCCCUCUCCUCCGCCCCCGCCCCGUGUCUACAAACCCUGCUUCGUGUGCCAGGACAAGUCCUCCGGAUACCAUUAUGGAGUCAGCGCCUGUGAGGGCUGCAAGGGCUUCUUCAGGCGCAGUAUCCAGAAGAACAUGGUGUACACGUGUCACCGCGAUAAGAACUGCAUCAUCAACAAAGUGACCAGGAACCGCUGCCAGUACUGCCGCCUACAGAAAUGCUUUGGCGUGGGCAUGUCCAAAGAGUCUGUGAGGAAUGAUCGCAACAAGAAGAAAAAGGAGAGCCCUAAAGCCGAGCUGGGGGAGAGCUACGAGCUGAGCGCAGAGCUGGAGAACAUCAUCGAGAAGAUCCGAAAAGCCCACCAAGAAACCUUUCCCUCCCUGUGCCAGCUGGGCAAGUACACCACGAACUCGAGUGCAGAUCAUCGCGUGAGGCUGGACCUAGGCCUGUGGGAUAAGUUCAGUGAGUUGGCCACUAAGUGCAUUAUCAAGAUCGUGGAGUUUGCCAAACGAGUGCCUGGGUUCACCGGACUGACCAUUGCCGACCAGAUCACACUGCUCAAAGCCGCAUGCCUCGACAUCCUGAUCCUGCGCAUCUGCACGCGCUACACCCCGGACCAGGACACUAUGACCUUCUCAGACGGGCUGACCCUGAACCGCACACAGAUGCACAACGCCGGCUUCGGACCGCUCACAGACCUGGUCUUCACCUUCGCCAACCAGCUGCUGCCCAUCGAAAUGGACGACACAGAGACGGGCCUGCUCAGCGCCAUCUGCCUCAUCUCUGGAGACCGCCAGGACCUAGAGGAGCCCUCGAAGGUGGACGAGCUGCAGGAGCCAUUACUGGAGGCUCUGAAGAUCUACGUGAGGAAGCGCAGACCCAGUAAACCUCAUAUGUUCCCCAAGACGCUCAUGAAGAUCACAGAUCUGCGCAGCAUCAGUGCUAAAGGUGCGGAGCGUGUCAUCUCUCUGAAGAUGGAGAUCCCCGGCUCGAUGCCCCCUCUGAUCCAGGAGAUGUUGGAGAACUCCGAGGGCCAGGACGGGGCCAGCAGCAGCAGCAGCACUUCAGUGGAGGGGGCAGAGGCCAACAGUCCCAGCAGCAGUAAGAGCAGUCCCACUCAGAGCACGGAAGAUCGCACUACUCCGGAUGAGCCCCCACAAUCUCCCCCAGACCCCGCCCCUGCCACGCCUCCUCCGCCCUGUGACCCCACCCCCUCUGACCUGUGACCCCACCCCUCAAUCCUGGCUCAAUAUGAACUAUAAGCCGUCAAAAAAAAAAAAAAAAAAAAAAAAAACUGCAGAAAAAAUACACAAGUUAAAAUAUGGCUUUAAUUUGGAAUAUAUUUCUUGUUUUCCAAAAAAUCUUUUGUUAGUUUAAGUUAAGUCCUCUGAUAAAAAAUAAGGAAAUUAAUUUAGAGAUUGGAACUAUCAACAUUUAUGGGCACUUAUAAUCUUGAAAUAAAUAUGUUAUAGUUUCAAUGCAAUCAGCAAACAUAUCUUUAGCAAAAAGUAUCAACCUACUAUUGAAAAUAUAUUUAAAACAAGAAACAUAUUCACAAUUGAAGCCAUUUUCACUGUUAUUUUGGUGCAGUUCCCACCCCUUUCCUAACCUUUACAAUACCUUCUCUCCCUCUUGAAAA